UGAACGUUUCCAACAAAACCCAGAAUUAGUUGGCGAGCAGCACACGGAUGGUGACCUCUACUCAGAAUUGUUCUCACCACCUAGGAAUUCUAGAAGACAUGGAUUUGGACUACUGGUAGGAGUAAAAGCAUCAAAGGUACUGGAUGAAGCUAUAGAAGCAUUAAGGGAUUCUAAGCAGGAGAACAUUGAGCUCAGAGGCUACGUGGAAACACUCAUGUCAAGGAGUCAACAAUUGGAAGAAAAGGUAAAUUACCUGAUGGCACGUCAACGAGAUGGACAUACAGAUGAAAUGCAUGGAAACCAGGAACAAGAAGAAGAAGUCGCAGAAGAAUUAGUGGCGUCAACACUAGCUGAGCUGUCGACGCAUAUAUAAGCAAGCACAACCUGAGCAAGAGAAAACAAAGGAAGCUUCCAGUGCACCAGGCAGAACAAUAUCAGCAUCAGCAUCAAUAGCAUCUGGCAUAACAAGUGCACCAUCAUCAAGUCAUAAUACAUUGAAGGUACCAACAACAACAACAUUGAAGUCAACAUCAGCUCCAUUCAAAUCACCUUUCAAGGCACCAGGAAAAGCAGCGGCACAUGCCGUGAAAACAGCAGCAACAACAGUCCAGGGAUCAGCAACAGCCUGUACCCAAAAAAGAGCAUCAGAAACAGUCCAGGGAUCAAAGGCAACAACAAAAGCAGCCAAGGUACCAAAAGCAGCUGGAUCAGCCAAGGGAUCAACAACAACAAUCAAUGGGGCAGAAGCAGCAUCAGUACCGAUGAUACCAGAAGCAGCUGUAGCAGCCAACGGAUCAACAAUAGCCCUCAAGGCUUCAGCAGCAGUAGCACGAAAGGUACAAGAAGCAACUGGAGCAUCCACUGGAUCAACAACACUAAAUGGAUCAAAAGCAGCACCCAAGGGAUCAGGAGCAGCGGCACACAAGUUACCAGAAGCAGCUGGAUCAGCCAAGGGAUCAACAACAGUACUCAAUGGGUCAGAAGCAGCAGCAUCAGAACCCAGGAUAUCAGCACCACCACCCAAGGGAUCAACAGCACAUGCAGGAACAUUGAGCAGCCAGACAUCAACCAGGACAAUAACAAAAAAAGUCGACAACAAACCAAGGCACAUCAUUUUCAGCAUUGAAGGAAGCAUCUUUGCUUGGUCUUAGUCAAAUGUUGCCGCCGAAUCCGAAAGCAGUAACAGCUAUCUCAGAACAAGGCAGUCAAGAAAUGAAAUCACCAAGAACAAGUAAAAGAAGGAAAAAUGCUAAGUCGGGAGAUUACAUCGAAGGAUCACAGGGCAAUGUAGAAAGCCAAGCAACAACAGUUGCAACACCAAAAGGAACAAUAAGUAAGAGACCGAAGAAGAGGAAGCUAGAAGAACUUAUUGAUGAUAAGCUAGAAGAACUUAGUGACGAUGUGGUCAUUACUUCAGUUAAUGUAGUGCAGAAGCCAAAAUGCUCUUACAGGAAUCUGCUAACAGACAGCACAAUCUUAGUCAAGGUAAAAGAGGAGAAGCUGGAAGAGAACAUUGCUGCAAGGAAGGUGAUUGGCAUAGUACAAAAUGAUGCACUGAUGAACAUAAUGAUUGGCUUAGAGCAAGGAAUCCACUUAAGGCAAAUAAAAUUAAAACUGGCAUUGAAGUGGGGUUGACUUCGCCAAACAGCUUACAAAUGGUGGCAUUGGGAACAGUUCAGGAAAUUGAAAAUGAGGAGUUUGUCAAAAUUUUGGUGAACGUGGUCUUCAAGAAAACAACUGUUCUGCCAAUACCAAAAGGCAGAAUGGUUCAAAUGGGAGACACUGAGGCACAUUGCAUCACCUGGCCA